AUGUCACACGCACCACCUCCAGGUCCACCACCACGGCCAAACCAGGACUCCAACCCCUUUAACGAUGCUGUGCCAGACGACCCGCCGCCCGCGUACGAGGCCAUCUCGGGGGACUCGACCCUCUCUGCCGGUCCCAGCAGGAUGGACUUUUCCGGACCCCCACCCCUCCCGGACAGGCUUACGAGACUGAAUACGCACUCGACGGGGGGAUACAGUAUCCCAGGCGUUGGGGUUGGGUAUAACCCCGCUUCUCCUAGCAGUCCAGGAGGACAGGGCUACUACUCGCCGCAGUCACACGCACCGCCGGCCCUACCCGCACGUCACACCAACUCCCCCCACUCCCAAGCGGACCAUACGCCGACCGAGUCUCCCAUCCCUGGCCGCGCGCUCCUGCACCACGGCAACCUCCUAGUCUAUCCCAAAGGCUACUGGUGCAACAAGUGCCAGAACACAGGGUACAAGGGUGGGGACCCGCGCUCUCCCUGCAGCUCGGACUGGCGAAAGUACGGUAAGGCCUACAGCGGGGCUUUAGCGGCGAGCUUUGCAGCCCCUCGACCGGGGGGUAACGCGAGUGUGGUGGGCGCCAACAACUUCCAGCAACCCCUACCCGCGGGUGGACAGCAGAAUAACACGCCCCAGCUCAGUCACCACGGAAACGGAGGGUAUCCCGGUCAUCAGGCGUAUCGCCCCCCGCCACCGCGGCCGCAGAUGCACCACACGUAUGCGCCGCCACCGGGGGCGCUUGUUGUACAGCCUGGCGAUCCUAGGAUUGGCGGACAACUGUGCUAUCGCUGCGGAGGGAGUGGGCGCGAGGCGUCGCUGUUCAUGUUCGACGACGGGCCGUGCUACCAGUGCCGCGGUGUCGGGCGGGUGUUUUGA